CUGAUCGCUGGUCGUCUGGCUAAAAACAGGACUUUACAGGAGCCGAAACUCCACCCAGGAAAAGCCUCCCGCUCACCUCGACGCCGACAAAAAUGAAAGCGAUAAGCCCCGUGCGGUCCUUCCGGAAAAGCAACGCGAAUUUAUCAGAGCACUCCUUGGGAAUCUCUCGAAGCAAGACCCCGGUGGACGACCCGCUCAGCCUGUUGUACAACAUGAACGACUGCUACUCCAAGCUGAAGGAGCUGGUGCCCAGCAUCCCCCAGAACAAGAACGUCAGCAAGAUGGAAAUCCUGCAGCAUGUCAUCGACUACAUCCUGGACCUGCAGAUCGCGCUGGACUCCAGUGUCGCACUAACCAGCCUGCAUCACCCCGCGCGGCCGGGGCAGGCUCCGUCCAGGACCCCUCUGACCACCCUCAACACAGAUAUCAGCAUCUUGUCAUUACAGUCCCCGGAGUUGCCAUCAGAGCUGAUGACAGAUGACAGCCGGACUCUGCAUCGUUAAAGCGGUGUUUGGUCAAGACGCAAAAACACACGCAGGACCUGGGGAGCAGGACUUCUCCCCCCCCCCACACAAACACACCUUCCCCCUCUCUCCAACCUCUGUCCUCCAGGCCUGGAUUUUUUGUUUUUUCUUUUUUCUUCUGAUGCUGAAAUCAAGAGACUUUUGCUUAUUAUGGGACAAUCUUAUGUGAUGUGUUUUUCUGUUUGGACACUUCAUUAUUAUUUAACUUAAGACUUUUUUUUAAAUUUUUUUUUAUUUGUGGGUCCUUUCUGGAAAUGGAAGGCGCGUUAUAUUCCCGACAGUGGGAGGAAAAACGAGAUUAUUGUCACAAGGAUUACCCCCCCCCCAACACACACACACACACACACACACACACACACACACACACACGCCCUCCACACCCCUUUCCCUCUCCUUGUUGAAGUCUUCGCUUUUUUUGCGGAGGUGGGAACGUGAAUAGAAAAGACAACUUGGUUAGUUACUGUAAAAAGUUUAGUCUUGUCUUGUCAGAAUUGUUGGCACAUGGACUGGACGUUGUUUAAAAAAAAAAAACAAACAAAAAACAAACAAAACAAAAAAAAAGUGAAAAUGAAAGAAUGAAACCUUGUGAACUCUUAUCUGGAGUUUAUCUUGUAUAGUUGCAGGAAUUUGAAACUUCUGCAAAAGUGUAAUGUUGUACUUAAUUAUGCUGAAACUUUUUAUAAAAGUAAUGUAAAUUGUACCUUUUUUAUACAAAAAUAAAUCAAAAACACAA